CCUGAUAAGGUUUUUGAGAUACUGUUGUUGGGAGUGACUUGAAAGUGUGCUUCUGUAAAUGUGACCAACAAGAAAGAACGUGUGAGUGUGUAAGGAACUAAGGAUGUCGAUGAUGGCGAUGAGAUGCCAACUCCAAAUCCAACAACAAUGUCCACCUCGCGAGACACUGUCAUGGAAAUGGAAGCAAUCCCUGUCUCUCUCUCAAGCUCGAGUUAAGAUGGAGAGUUGCACUCUAACCAAACAAGGGCAACGUUUUCUGACAAAGCUGGCCACAACAACCACCACCACCGACCACCUAAUCCGAAAAUUCGUAGCAGGCUCUCCCAAAUCCGUUGUCCUCUCCACUCUCUCCCACCUCCUCUCUCCCUCCACCACCUACCCCCACCUCUCUUCUCUUUCCCUCCCUCUUUACUCCAGAAUCAGCGAAGCACCCUGGUUCACUUGGAACCCCUCCAUUGUGGCUCACCUGGCUGCGCUUCUGCACCAAAAUGGACACCACGAAAAAGCUGAAACUCUGGUUUCUGAGGCCAAUUCCAAGCUUGAAUCUCGCCAGCGAGAGCUUGUUGUUUUCCAUGGGAAGCUGUUGGAGUCACACUCCAAGCGAGGUUCGGAAACAGGGUUCGAUGCUGCUUACUGUUACCUGAACCAGCUUGUUAGAUUUUCGUCCUCUGUUUAUGUUAAACGCAGGGCUUAUGAGUAUAUGGUGAGUGGGUUGUGUGCAAUGGAUAGGCCUCGUGAGGCUGAGGAUUUGGUUCAGGAUUUGAGAGAAAAUGGAGGGCUUCAACCUACUGCUUUUGAGUUCAAGUCCAUCUUGUACGGGUAUGGAAGAUUAGGUUUGUUUCAGGAUUUGAAUAGAGUUGUGGAGCAAAUGGAGAAAAGUGGGUUUGCUAUUGACACUGUUUGUUCCAACAUGGUUCUUUCAACUUAUGGCAUUCAUGGGGAGCAUGUUGAGAUGGUUUCAUGGCUUCGGAGCAUGAGGAAUUCGGGUGUUCCCUUCUCUAUCAGAACUUACAAUUCAGUCUCAAAUUCUUGCCCCACGAUCAUGAGGAAGAUGGUGGGUUUCAAGGACUUGGCUUUAUCAGUUGAAGAGUUGAGUGGAAGCUUGGAAGGAGAGGAGGCUAUGGUUGUUAAGGAGUUGCUGGAGUGUUCCAGGAUAUUGGAGGAGGUAAUGGUGUGGGAUUCUUUGGAGACUAAAUUGGAUUUGCAUGGAUUUCACUUGGGUUCAUCCUAUUUGAUUAUGUUACUUUGGCUGGAGGAGAUGCAUAGAAGGUUGGAUGACUCAAGUUAUGGAAUUCCUGCCGAGAUCACAGUGGUUUGCGGGUCAGGAAGGCAUAGCAACGUUAGAGGAGAGUCACCGGUGAAAGCCUUGGUUAAAGAGAUGAUGAUUAAGAUGAGAGGUCCACUGAGGAUUGAUAGGAAGAACAAUGGCUGUUUUAUUGCUAAAGGUAAAGUUGUGAAAACUUGGUUGUGUGAAAUAAGGAAGUCAUAAUAGAAUGAAUGAACACCUGCAUAUUGAAUUUGCCUCUGGGGGGUUGUAGUAGAAAGCUUUUACCCUAAAGUUUGCUACAUGAAGUCAAUGUUAUGACCAAUAGAGUUUCUUAAGUGCUUAUAACUAUUUUCGUUAGGCAAAGUGUCAAAAUCACCCGUUAAGAGACUGAACAGAGUUCAUUUA